AUGUUUACUAAGAUUGCAAUUAUCGCUUGCCUGUUUGGGUUAGCCUACGCUGGUGUGGAAUAUAACAUUGGCUCUGGACUUGGUUACGGUCCUAGUGCCCUUGGUUACGGCGCGGGUCUUGGUUAUGCAGCUGGUUACGCCGGAUUAGGCCAUAACGCUGCCCUGGGCUAUGCUGGUUACCCUAGUCUGGGCUAUGGAACUGGUCUCGGCUAUGCUGGUCACAGAGGCCUGGGAUACGACCAGGCGACUUCUCACGUUCAUCGUGUUGACUACAAGACUGGCUACGGCGGUUUAGCUGGCUACGGUGGAUAUGGCGCUGGUUACGGGGCGGGCUAUGGUGGUUACGGACGCGGCCUUCUCGGUGGUUACGGCGGUUGGUAA